AUGGGGUUGGCUUUGGGUUGGGCGGUUGGAGUGCUGGUGUUUGUGUUGGUUUCUGUUUUAGGAGGAAUGGGGGAUUGGGGUUUUCGUGUUGGUUUCUGUUUUGAGAGGAAUGGGAGGAAGGGUGUUGUCUUUGGCUUGGGUAUUGGCUUUGGUGUUUUUUUCGGUGUUGGGAGAAAGGGUGCUCUUGUUGGCUUGGGCUGUUGGAGUGGUGUUGGCUUUGGUGUUGGUUUCGGUGUUGAGAGGAAGGGUGCUCUUGUUGGCUGGGGCUGUUGGAGUGGUGUUGUCUUUGGUGUUGGUUUCGGUGGUGGGGGUUAUAGUGUUCUUGUUGGCUGGGGCUGUUGGAGUGGUGUUGUCUUUGGUGUUGGUUUUGGUGGUGGGGGUUAUGGUGUUCUUGUUGGCUGGGGCUGUUGGAGUGGUGUUGUCUUUGGUGUUGGUUUCGGUGGUGGGGGUUACGGUGUUUUUGGUGACUGGGGCUGUUGGAGUGGUGUUGGCUUUGGUGUUGGUUUCGGUGGUGGGGGUUAUGGUGUUCUUGGUGGCUGGGGCUGUUGGAGUGGUGUUGGUUUUGGUGUUGGCAUGGGUGUUGGGAGGAAGGGUGUUGGCUUUCGCUUGGGUGGUGGUUUCUGUGUUGGGGUUAAUUCCACUUCCUCUUGGCUGCUGAUGUUUUGUUUUGUCCAAGCUCCUUUGUAA